CGGAAAAAACCUGUCCACGAAAGCCCUCUCUCUCUCUCUAGCUUUAGUCGUGCUUUCAUAUUUUAAUCUCACAAUAUUGCUCUCUUCUGAACUGAUUUAUGUUCUAAUCGAUGAUCAGACUCAGGGGGAGACAGAGGGAGGUAUACUGAAACAGAAAUGUUUGGUGGCUGAAGUGUGUCUGAUAGUGGCAUCUUGUGUUUUCCAGCAAUGAACUUUGGGUUUCUCAGUAAUAAUAUACCCUGGUUUGGAGCCCAUUCCAACGAGGAUGCAACAACCACCUUUGCAUCAACAAGUUCCCUAAUGGAAGCACCCAAAGAAAAGGCUCGUUUUGAUGCCAAGUUGUGGGGUUGGUCCCUUCUUUCAUUCAUUCCUUGGGCUAUCAGUUCCAGCAAUAAAAUUCAAAUAUCAUCCACUGUCAACAAAAAGUUGAAGAGGCAUGGACAACGUCGUGGUGUUUUUGAAUCUGGUGCUGGGUAUUCCACCGUGCGCUUCAGGCCAUAUGUUUCCAAGGUUCCAUGGCAUACAGGUGCAAGAGCAUUUCUUUCUCAGUUAUUUCCACGCUAUGGGCACUAUUGCGGACCCAAUUGGUCAAGUGGGAAAGAUAAGGGCUCUCUUCUUUGGGACAGGCGCCCAAUUGAUUGGUUGGACUAUUGCUGCUAUUGUCAUGACAUUGGUUAUGACAGUCACGACCAGGCAGAGCUUCUGAAAGCUGACCUAGCAUUUCUCGAGUGCUUGGAGAGGCCUCGCAUGAGUACAAAGGGGGAUGCCCGUACUGCUCUUCUUUAUAAGACAAUGUGCAUUUCAGGUCUUAGGAAUGUACUUAUACCUUACAGAAAGCACCUUGUAAAGCUGCAGUCUGUUCAGUUCUCACUCGGGUUUGGAUGGCUCGGAAAUAUGAAAUGGAAAGGAUGGAAUCCGCAGAGAACGUGAAGACAGAUUGAUUAUGGAUUCUAAAUGAGUUGUCAGAAGGAGAUGGACUUUGGAAGAUAAUUGAACUCAUUAUUCUAUGUUUCAAUUGAAUUGAAUAUUGUUUGUGCAGAGAAUACAAGCAGCCUCUGGUCAAUUAGGAAUAUGAAACAUAUGAUUGUUAUUAGGUUUCCUCUGAACUUCUUAUCAUGUAAAUAGUUGUUUCCUCGACAGUAAGGGUUACGAUAUAGUUGCAUAUCAAGUAAAUAUAUUAAAUAGAUGGAAAUUGUUUGCUUGAAAUAUGUUAAUCCGUUGUUACACGGUUUAUAAACUUCUCUUUUCAACUUGAA